AUCUGUGGUGUUUGUGUGUGCAGUUGGAGGUGUUUGAUGGGUGGAGUUUACAUCUGUGGUGUUUAUGUGUGCAGUUGGAGGUGUUUGAUUGGUGGAGUUUAGAUCUGUGGUGUUUAUGUGUGCAGUUGGAGGUGUUUGAUGGGUGGAGUUUAGAUCUGUGGUGUUUGUGUGUGCAGUUGGAGGUGUUUGAUGGGUGGAGUUUAGAUCUGUGGUGUUUGUGUGUGCAGUUGGAGGUGUUUGAUGGGUGGAGUUUAGAUCUGUGGUGUUUAUGUGUGCAGUUGGAGGUGUUUGAUGGGUGGAGUUUAGAUCUGUGGUGUUUGUGUGUGCAGUUGGAGGUGUUUGAUGGGUGGAGUUUAGAUCUGUGGUGUUUAUGUGUGCAGUUGGAGGUGUUUGAUUGGUGGAGUUUAGAUCUGUGGUGUUUGUGUGUGCAGUUGGAGGUGUUUGAUGGGUGGAGUUUAGAUCUGUGGUGUUUAUGUGUGCAGUUGGAGGUGUUUGAUGGGUGGAGUUUAGAUCUGUGGUGUUUGUGUGUGCAGUUGGAGGUGUUUGAUGGGUGGAGUUUAGAUCUGUGGUGUUUGUGUGUGCAGUUGGAGGUGUUUGAUGGGUGGAGUUUAGUGUCUGACUGAAGCAGCUGCUGCUCGCGGAUUCAUCGAUCAAACUGGACUUUCUCAGAGGAGUUUCUUCAUUUCCACAGUGUCUGUUUUCUUGAAAGAUUAUGGAUAGUUUACGGAUAAGUAAGUUUGUAUGAUGAUGAUGAUGAUGUGAAUGCGAUUAUUAACGGAAGCUCGAGUCCCGGGAGGAUGAAUGUAUUUCUCCGGCUCGGAUUCUCAUCUCUGCUGCUCUUCUGCGCGCCCGUUUCUUCUCAAGGUCCAGAUUGUGCUGCUGGAUGUAAUGGACAGCACGGGUUCUGUGAGUCUGGAGAAUGCAGGUGUGUGUCCGGCUGGCGCGGGCCGGCGUGUGAUCAGUGUGUUCCUCCGCUCGGGUGUGUGUACGGGACCUGUGAGGAACCAGGCCAGUGCAUCUGUGAGCGCGGCUGGACGGGAGCGCGCUGCGACCGAGACGUGCGGCCGUGUUCAGCGAAGCCCUGCUCGGGGAACUCCAGCUGUGUGUCGAUGGAGGCCGGAGGACACGCGUGUGUGUGUGCUGGAGACGGCUCCCGCUGUCAUAACGGAGGGUCGUGCUCCGGCAGCCGUUGCCUGUGUCCUGCUGGGUUCACCGGCGCGUUCUGUGAGAUCCCGCUGGACGUCUGCGAGCCCAGUCCGUGCCUGAACGGAGGCCGGUGUGUUAGCGGGACCCGCUGCUCCUGUCUGCCGAGAUUCACCGGCCCGUCCUGUGAACUUCACGUCAAGAAGCUGAAGCUGAAGGCCCGAGGUAAAGCUCAGCACUUCUCGGCUCCGGCGGUCCACAAGCUCCUCCGGCCGGUCCCGGUGUCCCGUCCGCUGGUGACCCGCAGCCAGAUCCUCUGCUUCGCCGUUCUGGGUCUGCUCACCUGUCUGGUGGUGCUGGUGACCACGGGCCUGAUCUUCUUCCCUCGCUGCGAGGUGUGGGUCGCCAACCGCAGGUACAGACGGCUGGUUCAGGAGAACCAGAGGAACCUCCUCCAACACGCGCCCGUCAACAUCAUCCUGCCGGAGCAGAUGCGGCUCAGUCCCCACGGGCCGCGCUACACCUCCAUACGGCACACCGCUGACCCUGAUCUCUGAUCAGAUCACAGGCUUUUGUCUGAUGCACACGUGCAAAUAUACAAACAUGAUCAUGUGAGGCUGACAUUCGAAAGCCAUCUGUCUUUUAUAAACACACAUUAGAUUCUAUUACCUUAUACAUUAUUGUACUUUUUUCUACUCUCUUAAUUAAUGUACUGGUAAAUGUAUUAUUUACUUAUUCAUUCAUUUUUAGUCAUUUUUAAAACAAAUCUCAAUUUUAUUAAUGCAUUUUUAUCUAAUUUAUUUGCUUAUUGUUUAUUGGAUUUAUUUAUUACUCAUAUAUAUUUUCAUUUUUAAACUCUCAUUACGCUCAUGUUUUCAUGCACAUAUUUUAAUGUGAACAGAUGAUUAAUGUAGCACCAAAUAAACCAGUAUUUAUUGAUGUAGACUUCUAA